AGCGUGUGAGUAGUUGGCCAAACUUAUAAUGGGCUUACUAAAAGAGGCCAUUCUUAGUGCCCACAGGGCAGAAACAGUUAGAAAAAACCCCCAUCCUUACCUAACGCAACUUACUAAGUCUCUUAAGUUCAAAAAAAUGAGUCACCUGGCCCACAAAUAACUCUAUGACAAGAGAUAAAAUUGAGACCAAUUGGAAAUACAUCUUUAAAAAUUUCAGAUAUAUUUUUUCCUAAUGUUAACUCUAAGAAUUUCAUUAGCAAAAGUGCAUAGUUGCAAAAUAAUUUAUAUUUAUGUUUGGGCUACAAAUAAUUCAAAUCGGCUAAUUUUAAAGCACAACUUUGGUACUUUUUAACCUUCAGAUCUGACAACAUGUUCCUCAGUCCGUGUCACUUUCAACAUGCCUUUGGACAUGAUCGAACGUAUUAUUUCAAAGACUCCCGUCGUGGAUCCCGAAGAAAUUUUUGAAAACUUGACGUGCUUUAAUUUUGCACGCUACUUUCCCACCGAAGAGGCCGCGGACAAAUUUUGCCACAUGGUGGGACUCGUGCCCCAUCUAGAUCUAGCCGGCUUUGUACCGUCGUGCCCAAAGUGCGGAGGCAUGAUGAGAAAAGAGCCGGCACCAGCAGAUAGGUUCGGAUUCGUCUACCGCUGUGAAAAACUACAACAAAAGAAAAAAAUGCGCAGGCGGACUGGUGGCUCUGUCUGGCAGGCUGUUUGCACCGGUACCCUCUCUUGUACUCAUAACACAUUUUUUUCAGAGUUCAGCUCUCAGCUCAACAGGUGCUGA